ACACAGGAAACAUUUGAUGCUGCUGUCAGAGAAAACAUGGAGGAGUUUGAGAUGGACCCUGAUGAGGCUCUGAGGGAGGCUGUGGAGCAGUUUGAGUCUCAAGGUGUGGACCUCAGCUGUAUAGUAAAAGCCGUACCAGCUGUACCAUCUGAUGACAAACAAGAAGAGCAAACACACGAGAUCUUACAGGUUUUGGAUUCGCUGCGGGUCGGAAAAGACUCUGCGAGUGUCUUGGAUGUGACUGCAGACAUUAAAAGCUUCACAGAGCAUUGCUCAAGUGGAUUUGCCCAGAGGUACCUGGCUGCCCAAAAAGACGCCUACCCCGUCAUCUUCUCUUACUGCAAAAAAAGCGUGGAGGAGCAGGAAGCUGUGUCGACCUCCUUGUCUGCUCUGGCUGCGCUGACAGACGGACAGCCAGACUUGUUGGACGCGGAUGGCCAGCAGUUCCUUUUGAAUGUCCUCAAGAAGCACGAGGCAGAUUCCUCCGUGACGCGUGUGGCCAUCUGCACUGUGCGUCACUGCUGUUUGAAACACGAACAGAACAGGCAGGAUUUGGUAAAAGGCGGCGUCCUGCCCCUGCUGACCGGUGCCAUUAAACAACACAGCGGAUGUGCUGAGCUGGUGAAGGAGGCCUCCGCAGCUCUCAGGGUCAUGACCUUUGACGACGAUGUCAGAGUUACAUUUGGGCAUGCUCAUGAACACGCCAAGAUGAUUGUCCUUGAGCACAAUGGACUGAAGGUUUUAGUUGAGGCUGCAAAAGCUCACCUUGAUAACACUUCUGUUCUGAGUGAGCUGUGUGCAACUCUGUCCCGUCUGGCUGUGAGGAACGAGUUCUGUCAGGACAUCUGUGAUCUGGGAGGAUUGAAACUCAUGAUGACACUGCUGGCAGACAGCUAUGAGACACCGGAGUUGGUCCGGCAGGUCCUCAGUGCGAUACGAGCCGUAGCAGGAAACGAUGAUGUGAAAGAUGCCGUUGUUAAUGCUGGUGGAGUCCAGCUCAUCGUAAUCGCCAUGAAUAGACACAUGAGCAAUUCUGCUGUGUGUGAGCAGGGCUGUGCGUGCCUCUCUGUGCUUGCUUUACGUAAACCCAACAACUGCAAAGUCAUCAUGGAAAAUGGAGGCGCCUUGGCCGCUGUGCAGGCUAUGAAGGCACAUCCUGAUGCGGUCAAUGUGCAGAAACAGGCGUGUAUGCUGAUGAGAAACCUGGUUGCGCGUAUGCGUAACUUCAGCCAACCAAUCCUGGAUAUGGGAGCAGAGGUCCUGAUAACCCAGGCACUGCAGACCCAUCAGGACUGUGGCGACGUGGGUAAAGCAGCCCUCAGAGAUCUGGGAUGCAAGGUGGAGCUCCGAGAACUGUGGACCGGCAAACAUGGCAGCCUCACCCACUGAAAGUAGAGGAGAGCAUCGCCGUACACCCGUACGAAUCAAGAGUUUACCUGAAACGCAAGUUCUAAGCACGAUAUGUUACGUUGGUAUACAUAGCCAAGAUUUUAAGCAGAUCCACACAACGCCUUUGAAAGGUUGGAUAUGUUUUCCAGUCCUUUUUCUGUUUCUGGAUAAAAAGGUAAUUGUAGUCCUGUUCUAAUUUUUGUAUAUUUCAUUUUCUAUUAAUAUUUUGUUUGCAAAUUUGCUCAUGCCCAAUUUUAUAUCAGUGCCACAUUUAUGUUGACAAGAUGCUGGAUGCUAGUUUUUUUUUGUUUUUUUUGUCAUAGCGAUGGGCAAAAAUGAAUGAACAAAUCUUUUUGAAUGACUGUUUAGUGUGUGGUAAGAACGUAGGUCAGCCUGUAAAAAAAGAACUCUGGACUUUCAUGGCUCAACUGAGCCAUGAAAUAUGAUCAGGAACUCAUUUUUCAGAUUAUUCCAACACUACAAAAAUGCAACACAAGGCUGCAGAAGUAACUGGGAUGUCUUCCUCAAAGAAUGACAGAUCGUUGGUCAGUGAUAUUUAUGUAACAUCGUAUUAAGCUUAUAAGUCAGAUUCGGAGUCAAUGCAAUUAAAUGAAUAUGAAUCUUUAUUGCUGGUAAGCACUGACUGAAACUGUGGGGUGGGCAGCGCUAACUGUUGAACAUGCAUGUACUAUAACAGAGUGUCAUUGAGAAACCGACACUGUGUUUUGCAAAAAGUACGGAAGCGGAAAUGUUUGAUACAUUUACAUGUAUCAACUCAAAGUAACUGAUACUGUGAAAAGAAUCACUCUGCCCAUCGCUAAUGCACCAUAGGAGAACAGGAAGUAUUAACUGUUAUGCAAAUUGUUAAACUGCACUGCUUUGUUCAGAUUGCUUUCCCAUGUUGGCUGAGACACAUUUUAACAUGUAUUGAAUGCCUUAUAUUUUUACUAAUGUUAAUCAUUCCUUUUUAUGUUUUUUUGUUUGUUUAUUUUUUAGUGCAUUAUUACAGUGUAAAACCGACAUCUGUGAUACUUUUACCCACCACUGACAACAUUACAGUGUAUAUUCUUAAUGAUUAUGAUGAAACUCUC